UUUUAUGAAUAGAGCAUUCGCUGAGACAAAGAAAAAUGGGCACCAAGGCAUGUCUAAUGUGAAGGAACAAGAUGAUCUUAAUAAAAUCAUGCAGAAUAUUAUGCAACUUGAUAUGACAGGGAAAAAGUCCGUUCAAGCUCAUAAGUUAAAAUAAAAUUUCUAAUAAUUUAAAAAGACACCACCGCCCACAUAAAAGGACUAUCAAGGGUAUGAGAGCCAUCCAUUUUCCUCUGAAAAUAGAGGAGAUGAAGGAUUCAAAGACUAUCAAGAAGAAAAUUACUAAACAUCUUGAGAACUCUAUCAGGCUCUCUCCUGAAUCAAAGAAGGAGGAAUUCAUUGAUACAAAGAUGCCUGCUAGCAGGCAUCUUUGUAGGGAUGACUCUCCAGCUCCGUUCUCUUGCCAAGAUGAGCAGGAUGACAUGAGUUCGAAUCAUGGUAGAUUUUCAAACCAAAGUAGCUCCCAAGAAAUCAGUGAGGAAAGCAUACCAAGUGAUAAAAUGAGGGAAAUCGAUUGCUUACAGCCAUUUGGGCACGAAGCUUUUCCAAUGCCUCCUCAGAUGCAGUGUAGAUAUCCUCCAACCAGAAACAGGGCCCAAAUGUUGCAUAUCGACAACGAUAUGGAAGUGGAUGAAGGCACUGAGGAGUUCCAACCCAUCUCAGUUGAGAAGUCUCUUAUGAAAUCCCUGGUGGUUGACCACCAGGGAUUUUUGGAGAUUCCUCCAGACUCUGAUAAAUCUGAGAAGGACACUCCUACAUUCAAGGUUCCCGAAGUGGUCUACCGACAGCCGAAGAAUGCCAGAAAGAGGGAGCCUCUGCAGCUGCUAGAAAAAUAGGGAUGUCAGCGUUCAAUAUGACCUGUUCAGGAAGCGUAUGAAGAGGCAGGACGUUGUUGAGGAAAUUAAGCUGAAUGAGUAUAACAGAAAGCAUCAUCCUGAGGUCACUCAGGAUAAUUCCUUGAUGGACUCUCAGGAUAACGGGAUAAAUGCCAGAGAGCAACCAGUUGGGUUUAGUAUGGACCAGAUGGGACUGCGCCAUUACCAUCGAGAGAACUCAGCACCCAUAUUCGAUAACGAAGAUUGUGAAAUCAUGCAGGACAAGGAGAACUUGUUAACAGGAAAUACAGGAUUUAGGAAGUUUAACUAAAU